AUGCCGGAUGAUAAGGGGAAGCGGGACCCGAAUAUCUGCAACGAUGUCGGAGUAAUCGCAAAGUUGAAUAUAUGCACUGCUAAGGGCGCAGAGAUACCAGAGCGAGACGCACAUCUCCUUGAAGAUGUUGGUCGUGAUGAAUUGCCUUUUGAUCUACGCUCUGAGAGAUGUCUUUCUCUGGCGGUCAGUUGGCUAGAUAAAUGCUGCCGGAAGCAUGCAAUAUGCGAUGGAUACGAAGACGGAGCGCAUUUUCUUCCCACACGAGUCAUUGACGUAGGGGACUCGCUCAUACAACCACAUUUACACGUCAGUGCAGACGGUGAAACCGGGAAAUGGGCGGCAUUGAGCUAUUGCUGGGGCGGAGACUCGAAUUUCAUUCUCAGCGCCUCGUCUGUUGACAAUCUCCGCAGCGGACGAUCUCUAGCGACCUUUCCAGCCACUCUACGGGACGCUGUCCUGGUGACUAGAGCACUGGGACUACGAUACUUAUGGAUUGACUCUCUCUGUAUUUUUCAAGAUGACAGUAACGACUGGGCGGUCGAAGCUUCAAGAAUGAGCCGCAUAUACCGAUAUGCGGCUGUCACCAUCGCCGCUACCAGCGCAGAAACUGCGGACGAUGGAUUUCUAGACAAAAGGGCACCGUACUUUAGCUGCCCUUUCCCUUGGCGUCGAGGGUCCCACAAAAGUAGCGUCAAUAAUGUUUCGCGCGCGUAUCCUGUUGUCCUUCGGGGUUACACGGAUAUGGUUGACAAGGAGCCGGCACGGCAUUCGCGCUGGGCCACCAGAGGCUGGACAUUCCAAGAGGAAUUACUGUCGAAAAGACUAUUGUAUUACACUAAAGAAGAGAUGAUUUGGAAAUGCCGCACUGGGACGAUUAGGGAGCCAGAGAAGAAACCCACUACUGCCUCUUUCUUAGAGACUUCAGAGUCACUACCGGUUCCUCUGCCUAAGCCAGAUAAAGUAUGCAACGCAUACUUCAUGCCAGAUCCCUAUCUGAAUUGGUACCUGCUGCUGGAAAAUUAUGUAUCACGGGAUCUCAAAUUCGAAAGAGAUCGCUUGCCGGCGAUCGAAGCAUUGGCCGAGUUCUUCCAUGCACCGCUAGGAGAACAGUACUGCGCGGGAUUAUGGAGGGGGGACCUCUUAUUUGGGUUAUUAUGGAGCACACACCGUAAUGGGCACUACCCAGGGCCGCUUGCUAGCACCGCUAAAUGCUCUGAGGUUCGGAAUAUCAGUUAUGAAUACGAACAUAAUAGAAAAAUAUAUGCUCCGGUGGGUGUCUAUUCAAAGCAACGCAAGCCGUCCUGGAGCUGGAUUGGGACAGACACUUAUGUCGGUUUGAAGUGGCCCCGGUUGAGAUGGUUGCGCAAAUACAAGUAUCUAGCAAAGAUUGUCGAUUACAAGGCCCACGGCCAGCUCCAUGGCGUCUUCGGCCAUAUAAAGGGCGCGGAACUAACACUGGAAGCGCCGUAUCGGCAUCUCCAUUUGAGACUCGAUAGCUAUUCCAAGUCCCGAUGGAACCUCACGCGGGUUGUACAAAGGGCCCUUAUACGACCUGGUCCGUUGGCAAGCAUGAGGGAGCUGGCGCAGGUCGCUCUUGCGAGACCUGGCUACCUCGCAGAAACGGAAACGAGCGGCUCUGUUAUCGUUCCGAGCAGCAGCACGGACUUCACUUUAAUCCAAGUUGCAGAAGUGACCAAUUUUGAUCCACCAGUGCUCUAUCUCCUCAUUCUACAGCCACAGACGAGAAUUGCAGCCAGCAGCAGUGGAACGCAUCGUUAUCGUAGAGUUGGGUUGCUGCGGCUCAGGCCUUAUCAAGGCCACCCCAGGCACAGCAUCAGGGAGGCUGUGACAGCACGCCUGGAGUGUGAUGCCUAUCAUGAAGUUAUCUCAGAGGAGUGGCCAGUCGGAACCUUCGUGAUUGACUAG